GCAACGUACGAUUUCUCUUUUUGCCGUGGUAGUAUGGGUCGUGGGACGCGGCCGAUGCACCAUCCAAUGGAUAUAGAUGAGGACCGGGGAUCUUCAAAUGAGUUUUAUAUUUCGAAAAAGCCGCGAAAACCAAUUGAAAUACGAGCGAUUGACAGCAAAUCAAAGGUUGCUGACUAUGGCGUAAAUGGUAGCGAUGACGCCGAAGAAGACUCUGAGAACAGUAAUUAUCAAAGCACGGAGCGUCGUCAAAGCAUUGGAAAGCGAAAACAUGUCAAACUGUCAGACACAGUAGAGGGUCGAACAGUUUUCAUAAGAAACGUAUCGUUCGAUGCCAAUGAGGACCGGCUUCACCAGUUUUUGACUAGGUUUGGCAAUCUUGAGUCUGUCAAAAUUGUCAAAGACAAGCUCACUCAGCAUCCUCGAGGAACAGCGUUUGCAAAGUUUGAAUCGAAGGAGGAUGCUGAAAACAUCCUGCUUCAAGCAUCCAAGCCUGAGAAUGCCCGUAGCUUUAUCUUUGCCGGCAGGCAAUUGACUUUGUCACUGGCUGUUAGCAGAGAGGAGGUUCUCAAUUUGAAAAAAAAUCGCUCUCAUGAGGAAGUUUUAAAUAACGCCAAUGCGAGUGGAAGGAAUCUUCAUCUUGCGCGUAUUGGGUUUUAG